UCGCGUCAAGACGUCCGCCGCUAGGUCUGCCCAUUCACUUUCGUUGCCUUUCCAACCCAAGCAUUUUCGCGUGUGUUCCGUUGCUACUGCUUACUUGACCUUUUUUCAUCGCAAUUCGCGCCACUAUCUACGUACGAUUGUACUGAACGCCAAAACAGCUGGUUUAAAAACAUCCAUCUGUGAGCCGAAAUAGCAGUACAGUAAGCAACAUGUCGACCCAUCGUGCACCGAAAUCCGGAUUCGCCGCCGAAGCCCAGCGAAAGAUUAACUCGAAAUACAGCGAGGAGCUGGCGGCCGAGUGCCUGGAAUGGAUCAAGGAGGUAACUGGUGAGCCGAUCAACACGUCCGGCGACAUGGACAACUUCUUCGAGGUGCUGAAGGACGGUACCGUGCUGUGUACGCUCGUGAACGCGAUCGAGGCUGGUACCGUGAAGAAGAUCAAUACGAGCAAGAUGGCGUUCAAGUGCAUGGAGAACAUCUCCGCUUUCCUGGAGGCGGCGAAGAAGUUCGGUGUGCCACCGCAGGAAACCUUCCAAAGUGUGGACCUGUGGGAGCGCCAGAACCUCAACUCGGUCGUCAUCUGUGUCCAGUCGCUUGGUCGUAAGGCGGGCAAGUACGGCAAGCCCUCGAUCGGACCUAAAGAAGCCGACAAGAACGAACGUCAGUUUAGCGAUGAGCAGCUGCGAGCAGGCCAGACCGUAAUUUCGCUGCAGUACGGCUCCAACAAGGGUGCUACCCAGAGUGGCAUCAACUUCGGCAACACCAGACACAUGUAAGCCGUGUAUGGUCUUCCACUCGACACGCUGGCGGAGUGAUGUUGAAUCUUCGCGUAAACGCCAUGCGUGUUUCCUAGCAACGUAAGAAUUCGGCAGCCAGCAUGCACACAAACAGCAGUACACACUCAGACAAAAUUUCCAACCGAAAUCUAGACCGGCAUCUUCCCAGGCCCGGCGGCCAAACGACCAUCCAACAAUCCCCCCAUCUGGUUAGCCCCCAAAAACGAAACGAUUUUUCAGAAAGUGCAUUUUGUUGACGCAGUAGGCGAAGAGAUAUGUCGAAAAGAGAGAACAAUUUUGAAGUGACGUACCUUUUAAAUCUUAGCAACGAGGAACCAUAGCGCCUUAGCAACGAGAGACUUUUCCUCUUCCCCGUAGAUCAGACUAGAUAGGUGCAAGUAUAUUUACUCAGCCGUGCACCUAGCUCUACCUUAACCAUACGUAUUUUUCAACCAAUCAGAUCGUAGUCACCGUUAGCAUUCCGAGCAUUUAGACGGAGGUGUGUUAGGGAAAUCUAUUCAAAAGUAAGAUACGAGUUCACUGUUCACUGUUAUACAUUCCGUAGCGUGUUAAACUUGACCGACCCCCGUACAGGAUUAGCCAAUUAGUCAUAAGCCUUUCUAGUAGGAAAAGAGGUUCCACGUUGAGUCAGACGAGCUGGAAAAUCAUUUAAAAAAAAAAGUAAGUAUCCCAUGCACCGGAAGGACAAUCAUGUUGCCACAGGAUAGCGGAGCCAUUCAACGUUAUGGACAUAACGCCUCCUCUUGGUGCGGUGGCUUAUGUAUUCGGUAUGACCGAAGGGUGCGCCCUUUGUCCUUGUUGUUGUUCCAUCUUGACGAUGGCAUCCAAUGAUAAAGAACACUGGAAUUUAAGGCGGCCAAGUGCAUUUUGCUAGCGUAGUCAAAAUUAAAACCACCCGUAUGCAUAGCGCCAUUUUACCGAUGGCGUUAUAGGUAGUAGGAAAAAAGUGCCCAUUUUGAACAUUGUACCUCCGCGCAAAGCGUUUGGACGAAUGGAAAGGAAGAUUCACCACAAAAUGCUCUAAUCGUUCGGAACAUGUAGGGCUUUUACUAAGUGCUGCUUAUUUUCGCUCGCCUAUACCCUUUGGGUGAGUUUUGAUACGUAUUUCGUUUUUGUGUUUUUUUUUCUGUUUCUGAGAACAUAAACACAGCACAGAAAAUCGUAAAUUAUUGACAGUAUACACAUGUGUAUGUUUUGUUUAAUGUAAUUGUAAAAGGAUAAGUUAUUGCUUAAUAAAACUGAAUUAAACAGA